CCAUUUUCGAUGUGGGAUCAUUCUCAUCUUUUCACCGCUCAUUUUGGAUCUCUCUCUCUCUCUCUCUCUCUCUCUCUCUCUCUUCUUCUCUUCUCUUGCACUUCUUUGACUUCUUGCUCCUUUUUACCUCCAUCUCUCUCUCUGUCACUCACCACUUGAGAUCUCGCAAGGACUAAGCAAUGCCCAGCUGAGCUUGUGACUUUAUUCUGCGAUGCCCAUGUGUUGAAAAGCCUGUCGUAGGAUAUUAUAGAAAUUAUAUUUCUUUGUUUGUUGGUCACUGUUGGCACCAAAGGGGAUCUCACGGUGUUUCUCUUUGUUUUGGGCUGAAGGAGACUGAAGUCGUCUGAGGUUUAGUCCCACAUUUGGAAAUCAGACACACACACACAAGAAAAAAAAAUGGCAUCUGUGGAUGAUAAGGGCUGCUAUAAUCCGAGCACUAAAUCAUACAAUCUUGACUCCCACACCAUCAUGAAAUCCUCCUCUAACAGCCGAAAGGCCUUAAGUUUGCGCGCAAAACCCACUCCAUCGAAAUGGGACGACGCCCAAAAGUGGCUCAUGGGCUUAUCAGAUCACAAGCAUAACUCCACGUCCAAGCCUCGGAACUCAAAUGCUGAGGAUAGAAGACUCUUAGCUCCGAUGCCUAGUAAAGGGAGGGACUCUUGCGGUAGCAUUGAUGACGCGUUGCCAAUUCAGCAUCAAGAAGAGGAGACGAAGAAGAUUGAUGUGAGUAACAAGUCAUUAGAGGAGGUGGCGGUCGAAAUGAGAUCAGUUUCUUUGAGGGAUAUGGGGACUGAGAUGACUCCUACUGCUAGUAAAGAGCCUUCGAGGACCGGUACUCCUCUUAGAGCUCGAAGUCCUGUCAAUUCUAGACAUUCGAGCCCGAGAGAGCCAUGCAGUUCUAGAGCAGCGGUGAGCGAUAGCAAGGGUGUUGAUGGAAAGUUGAGCUCAUUGGAAUCAAGAGCCUUGGCUUGGGAUGAGGCUGAAAAAGCUAAGUAUAUGGCAAGAUAUAAAAGAGAGGAGGUGAGGAUACAGGCCUGGGAGAAUCGGGAGAUGAGAAAAGCUGAAAUGAGGAUGAAGAAGAUAGAGGUGAAGGCCGAGAGAAUGAAAUCUCGAGCUCAAGAAAAGCUAGCGAGUAAGACCGCAACCACGAGGAGAAGAGCAGAGGAGAAGAGAUUGAGCGCAGAAGCGAAACUGAACGAACGAGCUGCGAAGACCUCAGAAAGAGCAGAAUAUGUGAGGAGAGCAGGACACCUUCCAUCUUCAUUUUUCUCAUAUAAGCUUCCUUCUCUUUGUGGCGGUUGAGUACUAAUCUGCAAACAUUGUGUUAUCAGAUAAAAAUAUUUCAUAAUUUUGUUAUUUUUCCUUUACUGUUCAAUGUACGAGUAUUUUGUUUUUGUUUGUUACUUGAAAUGCAUUCUGCAUUGAUUAAUGAUCCUUCCUCUAUUGUCUGUCAA